CGCGCGGCGGGUCGCGUCUCCAGUAACCAAAGGAUUAGUGAGUAUGAUACUGUUUUGUUUGAAGAUGAGGAAGCCAAACACGUAUCGAUUGGUUGACCGGCGCCGAGCUUGCCAAGGAAGUGCAGGCCCGGGGCCCGGGCGCGCCUUAUCUUGGUUGCUGGAGGGGCUGCACCAAGUGGGCUGGGUCCUUCCAUGUAAACAUUCGCUGUUUUGCCGCCAAAUUCCUAGGCCUCAUCCUCAAUCCCGAGCUUUGAUAACCAACGAUCUCCGCUAAAAACUGAGACACUCACUAGGCUUAACAGUUUAUUCGCCCAGCGUCGAAAGGAAUUCCGCCUUAUUGACUGACAGCUUGCUUUGUCUCGAUAGCCCUCCUACCGACCCCAAUUGACGACCAACAUCAUGUCCUACAGCAUGGAAGACAGCCAAACCCCAGCCCUUGGGGGUUUCCAAGCUAAUAAACUUGGCGGAGCAAGAAAGGGCGCAGACGCUGGACCGAACGCUGCGAAAAGGUUGCAGACAGAGCUCAUGCAGUUGAUGACGUCUGCGGCACCCGGCAUCUCUGCUUUCCCUUCGGCUGACGGGGACCUGCUUAUGUGGGGAGCAACAAUCGAAGGCCCGGAGGACACUCCUUACUCAGGCUUGACAUUCAAGCUCAGCUUCGAGUUCCCGUCCAACUAUCCGUAUGCGCCGCCCACGGUGCUAUUCAGGACCCCUAUCUACCACCCAAACGUCGACUUUUCCGGCCGUAUCUGCCUGGAUAUCCUGAAGGACAAGUGGACCGCUGCCUACAACAUCCAGACCGUCCUGCUUAGCCUCCAGUCCCUUCUCGGAGAGCCCAACAAUGCAUCCCCCCUGAAUGGCGAAGCCGCUGAGCUGUGGGACAACGACCCUGCAGUGUUCAAGACGAAGGUUAUGGACCGACACAAGGACAUCGAGGAAGACUAAAAAGGCGAACUCAUAAGUGGGACACGCAUCUGGUUUUGGAGAAUGGGAGUCGGUUUGUAUGAUUCUUGGCUUAUGGGCUCGUCUCUGGUUUAUGGGUAGCGGACGGCAUUGCAUCUCCAGGGCGGUUAGGUUCACGAAUAUCCUGUGGUCGUUUGGUCUGCAUGCUCUUCAUUCAGUUCGCCAACGCCCAGGGCAAUAGGUAUCUUGCCCCAGCAAAAGAUAACUCCACCAAUUUGAGCAUUUUGGCAAC